AAGAAAAUCAAAAAGGCCAAAAUAUGCCUGCAGCUGAGUAUCUGUAUCUUUCCUUUCUCUGCAAAUCUUUCUUCCAGAAGAUCUCUGUUCUUUGCCUCUUCUCCAUUACUGUAAUUACUCUUUCCAUCAACAUUCUUGCAGCAGGGUUCCUUCACUUCAUCCUCCCCCACCGCUUUUCUUCAAUUCUUGGCGGCCUGAGAGUGAUUUCGAUCGGCAGCGGUAACUAGUUGGAAUGAGAAUCGAAUCUCGGAUUCAGAGUUGAGGCUUUAGAAUGGCGAUCAAAGGCGUUGAUUUCAAGUGGUACGAUGGAUUCUUCCUGUCUAUGCUUGCUACGAGCAUAAUCAUUGUGGCAAUCAAUUGGGAUAGAUACCAUUUGUGCACGUAUCCAUUGCACAUAUGGAUUGUGGUUGACUAUACCACAGUGUUUAUUUUCCGGCUCUUGAUGUUCGUGGACAACGGAUUAGCUUCGGGAAUGGGAUUGGAUCUCGGCUCGCAGCAGAGAUACGCGCGAUUUUGUGGAAGGGUUGUUGUAUUGUCCGUUCUUGUUGUGUUGCUUUAUCCGUUCCUUUGGGCCUGGACGGUCAUCGGUACUCUCUGGUUCACUAGUGCCAGAAGUUGCCUGCCCGAAGAUGGUCAGAAAUGGGGCUUCUUAAUUUGGCUGCUUUUCAGCUACUGCGGACUUGUGUGCAUCGCUUGCAUUUGUUUGGGAAAGUGGUUAACGAGGCGGCAAGCGCAUCAGCUCCGCGCACAACAAGGGAUUCCUGUGUCCGAAUACGGAGUCUUGGUUGACUUGGUCAGAGUUCCCGAUUGGGCAAUUGAAGCGGCCGGACAAGAACUGAGGGUGAUGGGUCAAGAUGCGGCGACGUACCAUCCGGGACUUUACUUAACCCCUGCUCAGAGAGAAGCAGUGGAAGCACUAAUCCAAGAACUUCCGAAGUUUAGGAUGAAAGCGGUCCCAACCGAUUGCAGCGAGUGUCCUAUAUGUCUUGAAGAGUUUCAUGUCGGGAAUGAGGUUCGCGGGCUCCCCUGUGCGCACAAUUUCCACGUGGACUGCAUCGACCAGUGGCUUCGCCUAAACAUAAAAUGCCCAAGAUGCCGAUGCUCGGUAUUCCCCAACCUUGAUCUGAGCGCGCUAUCGAACAUCCACACGGAUUCAGAGCGCACGUCGUCAAAUCUUUUAUCGGCUACUCCCUACGUUCGAAACCAGUCUCCGACUCAGAGCUACCUGCUGCGGCUGCAAGGAUUGCUCCGUCCCGUUCGGUCCGAGAGCACCGGUUCAACCACCAGCACGAGCAGCGGCAGCAGCGAAACGGAAAGUGCGGAAUCGCCUGCGGAUCGCAGCCCCGAAAAUGUGGACUCCGUUGAAGUGGUGGUCGAAGGUACUCCUCGUCGCUUUUGAGCCCCGCCGCUCGCCAUUUUUUUUUUUACUUUUUUCGAUGUUUUUGAUGGUUUGUUCUAACUUGUUUGGAGGAUCUGAUCUGGUAACGAUAGCAUCAUCACCCCUAAUAUGAGUUCUUGUGGUUUUUUUGGUCUGACAAAAUUUGGAACUAAUGUGAUGAAAUUUGUUUUUUUGGGGGAUGGAUGUCUAUGUUAUGUGUAUAGGGUUAGGCUCUUUUGUUUCUUUGCUAUGAAAUACAAUUUUAAAAAUUGAAUGGGAAAAUACAAUUGUAUUAUAUGACCAGAGCAGUUAACAGAGUCGAGUCGAGUCAGAACAAAAUUUUAAGGAUUUGUAUUUGUUUUUAAUGUUUGCGAGUAAGACUUGUGUUUGUUGGUUAAGUUUUCGAGCU